CGUCUCUCUUCUGUCUUCGCGUCGCUCGUCCACGCAGAACCGCCUGUGUGUUUCUCGGACUCUCGGAGAAACCCUCUCCUCGCAGAUCCGUGGGUUUGCAGCAAGCCGGAGCGCUCAUCCUCGCAGAAGGCGGCGGCGGCGCCUCUCUCUCGCGAUCCACUCCGGCGUCGGCGGCUGCUCCAGAAGCAGAAGGCAGCACUGCAGGAGGCAUUCAAGAAGAAGACGAAGAAGCUUCUCCCCCUUGACCUCCAGCCCUAAGAAAAUCAGCGCAAUCAUCUGCCGCCUCACCAAGUACCAGUAAUUUGACGGAAAAGGACGAUCAAAGAGAAGUUGGUGGCUGAGCCUGAAGAAAAUCUGGAUGUGCUUGACAUUUAGAACUUACAACUUGUGAAAGGUGUCUGACAUAGAGUAUCCAAAAUUCAGCGCCAGGGAUCAGGGAGCAACCUACCUCAGGGUGGGGAGUUCGUUCCUUUUCCUGUAACAAGGAGGGUAAACUCCUAUUCCAUCAUGAUGGAAGAAGACAUGGAAAAUGGAAGGUCGUAUCAGGAAAGACGAAGAACUUUUGCUACAGUACGAAGUAGAUCAUCUGUACCACUGGUCUUCCGUAUGUUGAUGAGGAUAAAUCCCCGUGCCUUGAUUAUUCUUUUUCUUUUGGCCUUCAGUGGUGUUCUCUAUGUAGGAGCCAGUACAUCACCAAUUGUGGUAUUUGUGUUCUGUAUAUGUACUCUCAGUUUAUUCUUCUCUCUCUACCUCACAAAGUGGGUUCUUGCUAAGGAUGAAGGACCUCCAGAAAUGUCUGAGAUAUCUGAUGCCAUAAGAGAUGGUGCUGAAGGAUUUUUUAGGACACAGUAUGGAACUAUUUCUAAAAUGGCUUUUAUUCUGGCCUUUGUCAUCCUUGGCAUUUAUCUCUUUCGCACUACCACCCCGCAGCAGGAGGCAUCUGGCUUAGGAAGGGCAACAUCCGCAUAUAUCACAGUUGCUUCUUUUCUCCUUGGAGCUUUAUGUUCCGGAAUAGCUGGCUUUGUUGGGAUGUGGGUCUCUGUACGUGCAAAUGUUAGAGUUUCAAGUGCUGCUCGGCGCUCUGCAAGGGAAGCAUUGCAGGUUUUGUUCUGCAUCCUUGAUGUACUUUUCAUGUGUUUCUCCUACAUAGAGUUUCAGGUCAUGACUAAUUCCUCAAAACAGAUUGCUGUCCGUGCUGGUGGUUUCUCAGCCAUUGUGGUUGUUUGCAUGGCUGUAUUUGGCGUGGCAAUACUCUACUCAACAUUUUAUGUUUGGCUUGGAGUGGAUUCACCUGGUUCAAUGAAGGUUACUGACUUGCCCCUUCUCCUUGUGGGAUAUGGUUUUGGUGCCUCUUUUGUUGCCCUUUUCGCUCAGUUGGGUGGUGGGAUAUUCACGAAAGCUGCUGAUGUUGGAGCUGAUCUGGUUGGAAAAAUUGAGCAAGGAAUACCAGAAGAUGAUCCUCGCAAUCCUGCUGUCAUUGCUGACUUGGUUGGUGACAAUGUUGGAGAUUGUGCUGCCCGAGGUGCUGAUCUUUUCGAGAGCAUAGCAGCUGAAAUUAUCAGUGCAAUGAUCCUUGGAGGAACAAUGGCAAAACGCUGCAAAAUUGAGGACCCCUCUGGCUUUAUUCUGUUUCCGCUUGUUGUCCAUUCAUUUGAUCUGGUGGUGUCAUCAGUUGGAAUACUCUCAAUCCGAGGAACACGUGACUCUGGAAUAAUUUCCCCUAUUGAAGAUCCCAUGACAAUUAUGCAGAAAGGCUAUUCUAUUACUAUUAUGCUUGCUGUUGUUACGUUUGGAGUGUCUACCCGUUGGCUUCUGUACACUGAACAAGCACCUUCUGCAUGGCUAAAUUUUGCGUUGUGUGGUUUGGUGGGGAUCAUCACAGCAUAUGCUUUUGUUUGGAUUUCCAAGUACUACACAGAUUAUAAACAUGAGCCAGUCCGCCUUUUAGCUCUUUCAAGUUCCACAGGACAUGGAACUAAUAUUAUUGCUGGAGUAAGUUUGGGACUGGAAUCAACAGCCCUACCAGUUCUAGUGAUAAGUGUAGCCAUUAUAUCAGCGUUUUGGCUGGGGCAGACCUCUGGCUUGGUGGACGAGUCUGGCAACCCAACUGGCGGUCUUUUUGGGACAGCUGUAGCUACAAUGGGGAUGCUUAGCACAGCAGGGUAUGUUCUUACAAUGGACAUGUUUGGUCCUAUAGCUGACAACGCUGGUGGUAUCGUGGAGAUGAGUCAGCAGCCUGAAAGUGUCAGGGAAAUCACAGACGUUCUAGAUGCUGUGGGCAACACAACGAAAGCUACUACAAAGGGAUUUGCCAUAGGGUCAGCAGCAUUGGCUUCCUUCCUCCUGUUCAGUGCAUAUAUGGAUGAAGUAGCUGCGUUUGCUCAAUCGCCAUUUAAGGAGGUUGACAUAGCAAUCCCAGAGGUGUUUGUUGGUGGUUUACUAGGCUCGAUGCUUAUAUUUCUGUUUAGUGCAUGGGCUUGUUCAGCAGUUGGCAAAACGGCACAGGAAGUUGUUAAUGAGGUCAGGAGACAAUUUAUUGAGAGACCUGGUAUUAUGGACUACAAAGAGAAACCUGAUUAUGGACGUUGUGUUGCAAUUGUGGCAUCAGCAUCCUUGAGAGAAAUGAUAAAACCUGGGGCUUUAGCAAUUAUUUCACCCAUGGCCGUUGGUGUCAUCUUUCGAAUUUUGGGCCACUACACUGGCCAGCCUCUUCUUGGAGCUAAAGUUGUAGCCGCGAUGCUUAUGUUCGCAACUGUUUCUGGUAUUCUAAUGGCACUCUUCUUGAAUACCGCCGGAGGCGCCUGGGAUAAUGCUAAGAAGUACAUUGAGACUGGUGCUCUUGGUGGCAAAGGCAGUGAGGCUCACAAGGCUGCGAUUACUGGUGAUACGGUUGGAGAUCCAUUCAAGGACACAGCUGGGCCUUCGCUUCAUGUUCUUAUUAAGAUGCUGGCUACAAUCACAUUAGUCAUGGCUCCAAUAUUCUUGUGAUUGACCAACCACAUACCAAGCUUGCCAUUAACCCUGCGGAGAUGUAUCUAUGCGCAUUGUAGAUGAGGUAUUAUUUACCUGACUGGUAUGUAAUGAUUCAUUACUUUUAGUACGCUCCUACCACUUGAUGUAUCGAAAGAACCCCCUCGACAAAUUUCAUAGUUGAUAUUGUACGGAUGAUGCAAACAUCGGAGAAUACAUAUAUUGUGACAGAGGACUGGACUAUUCAAGCGAAUGUUUUGUUAAUUUA